CUCUCACCCCCCACACCGCCUUCUCCUCCCACCACCAUUGGAUCCACCGCACUCCGGAAUCGAUAACUGAAAAUCGUCAGGUAACCAGGGGACUUCAGCUAGAAACAUUUUCUUUAAGCAAAUUAACUCAACAUGGACAAGGUGAUGAGGUUGGUCUCGGAGAAUGGGUUAGUGCUAUUCAGCAAGAGUUCAUGUUGCCUGUGUUAUGCGCUCAAGAUUCUAUUCCAAGAGAUCGGGGCAACCCCGACGGUUCACGAGCUCGAUCAAGACCCAGAAGGCAGGGAAAUGGAGAGGGCAGUCAUGAGGCUGGGGUGUAAGGCUCCGGUUCCGGCCGUCUUCAUUGGUGGAAAACUGGUGGGUUCCACCAAUGAAGUCAUGUCCCUCCAUCUAAGUGGAGAGCUGAUACCUUUGCUCAGGCCCUAUAAGUCUAUUUCAAUUUAAGCACACUGAAAAAAU